GUUAUCAGCAAGAAGUAACUAUAACUCUUUUCGCAAUUGUAUUGUAUAACAUUGAAUUGAAUUGAAUAUUAAAGUAAUAUUUAAAAAAAAUAAAAAAAACACUAAAAAUGUAAUAUUUACCUAAUCAUUUAUGAAAUCUUUAUUUUCAUUCGCAAAUAAAUUUACAAAAACUUAUUUUAUGUGAAUGACGUCAUCCUCCAAGUCGCAUAAAAGAAAAGCCUAAACGAGCAAACGAGCGAAUAGAACAUCGCUUCAUGAAUACGCACGAACACGAGUCCGCUUCCCACUUCCCACUGUUUAUCUCUUGCGUCCAACUUUCACAUUUUGCAGUCGAAGCGGGCUGACGCAAGUGAAGAGAUUCCGCAUUACGUCAUCGCGGAGGCCACACACUGGAGGCGAACGCUGGCCGCCGCUCAGUUCAGCCGGUGCGCUGCCCGAAAAUUUCCACCGCGCGAGCGAGCUUCGCGGGAGAGCGGCGCGGGAUCGGCCGCCUCGCGCAGUGAUGCUGCGCCCCACGCCGGAGACGCCGUGAUCGCGCCGCGGGAGACGACCGGCUGUCGUGUUCCUGGACGGAAAACAGUGAUGCUGCGCGACAUCGGAACGCAUUCUGAAUGAUUGAAGACUGUAGGCAGCGCGGUGACAACAUGGCAGAUAGACGGCAACUGUUCGUUGAAAUGAGGGCUCAGGAUUUGGACUCCAUACGGUUAUCAACAUACAGAACAGCUUGCAAACUCAGAUUUGUGCAGAAGAAAUGCAACUUGCAUUUGGUCGACAUAUGGAACGUCAUCGAGGCUUUCCGGGAGAACGGCCUCAACACCAUGGACCUCAGCGCCGAGCUCUCGGUGGCCCGUCUGGAGGUGGUCCUGUCCACCAUCUUCUACCAGCUCAACAAGCGCAUGCCCACCACCCACCAGAUCAACGCGGAGCAGUCCGUCGGCGUGCUGCUCAACUUCCUGCUGGCGGCCUACGACCCGGAGAGCCGCGGGAAAAUAUCUGUCUUUGUUGUGAAGACGGCCGUAGCAACCAUCUGUGGAGGGAAAAUUCUGGAUAAAUUAAGAUAUAUUUUUUCACAGAUAUCAGAUUCCGCUGGAAUAAUGGCGCCGUCACAGUUUGACCAGUUUCUGAGGGAGGUUCUCAAGUUACCGAUGGCGGUUUUCGAGGGGCCUUCGUUCGGUUACACGGAACAAGCUGCGAGAACCUGCUUCGCGCAGCAGAAAAAGGUCUCCCUCAACACAUUCCUCGAUACGCUGAUGUCAGACCCGCCCCCUCAGUGUCUGGUGUGGUUGCCGCUCAUGCACCGGCUCGCCAACGUGGAGAACGUCUUUCACCCGGUCGAGUGCUCCUACUGCCAUACUGAGAGUAUGAUGGGCUUCCGCUACCGCUGCCAGCAAUGUCAUAAUUACCAGCUCUGUCAGGACUGCUUCUGGAGGGGGCAUGCCAGCGGUUCCCAUAGCAACCAGCACCAAAUGAAGGAGUAUACGUCAUGGAAAUCCCCUGCUAAGAAGUUAUCCCAUGCCCUCAGUAAAUCGCUGAGCUGUGCAUCCAGCAGAGAGCCUCUUCACCCCUUCUUUCCUGAAAUGCCAGAGAAACCUCUUAACCUAGCUCAUAUUGUAGACACGUGGCCACCGCGACCAGUGAACAUCACCAAUGACUACUCGUUCUCCCACUCCAUGCCUACAUCAGGGAACCCUUACUCCACCAAAAACAAGAAUAAUGAUGUUGAGCAAAGAAAGCCCUUGACUGGGGCGGCUCCGCAUCUGAUGAAAGGCAGAGGGUUGAACUACAACCUCGACGUUGCCGAUAGACUCGCGGACGAACACGUUCUGAUUGGCCUCUAUGUGAACCUGCUCCAAAACCACCCCACAACAUGUUUGCUGGACAGCAGUAACCAUCAAGAUGAAGAGCACAGUCUUAUCGCCCGCUAUGCUGCUAGACUGGCUGCUGAUGCUGCGCAGGCUCAACAGCAGAGGGUCCCCACGGACCUCCCCUGCUCUCCGGAUGCCAACAAACAGCAGCGGCAGCUCAUUGCAGAGCUCGAGAGCAAAAACAGAGAAAUCCUGCAGGAAAUCCAGCGGCUGCGUCUCCAGCACGAGGAGGCCUCCCAGCCGCCUCCCGACAGGGGCCAGCAGAACCCCACGCUGCUGGCUGAGCUGCGACUUCUCAGGCAACGGAAAGACGAGCUUGAACAAAGAAUGUCCACUCUGCAGGAGAGUCGCAGGGAACUCAUGGUGCAGCUGGAGCAACUGAUGAUGCUUCUCAAGCAGGAGGAGGAACGAAAACGAGGCACUCAGGGUCCGGGCUCUCCGCGCUCUUCCCCCAGCCACACCGUCAGCCGGCCGAUGCCCACCCCGAUCCACUCGGACUCCGCCGGCACCACCCCCACUCACACGCCUCAGGACUCGCUCAUGGGCGUGGGAGGGGAUGUUCAAGAGGCCUUCGCUCAGGGUCCACGGAGAAAUUUAAGAAAUGACCUUCUCAUAGCGGCUGACUCCAUCACCAACACAAUGUCAUCACUGGUUAAGGAACUCAAUUCAGAGGGUGGAAGUGAGACAGAGAGCACCGUGGAUUCAGACUUUGGGCGCGGUGACCUACUGGCUACGACCUCUUCAGAUCCCUUCCUCAGCUACAAACCAAGGAGUGCUGCGGAUGAUGAGAGGUUUGAGAACGAUCUGGAGCAGCAGCUGGAGGACGAGCUCACCUUGGACGAGCUAACGAAGCACAGGCAGGAUGCAGAGAAAACAUGCAUGGUGACUCUGCAGCAGUGACCGUGUUGGUCCAUGUUACUGGUGAGCAAUAUGAAAAUGACAAUAGUUGAAGACACUGGAUGAGAUAGAACAGAGCACUGAAGAUUAGAAGACAAAAAAUCAAACCAUAGAAAACGUUUAUGUAAAGAUAUAUAUUUUUAACCAACGCAUAUUUAAGGUUAUACUGUGAGCUGAUGUAAAGAGAUUCAUUACUGAGCUGUCUACUAUACCACAGGUGCCAUAAACACACACACGAUAUGGGCAAUUAUUUCUUUUUAUGUGAGGUGUCUGGCAAAUGUACAACAGUACGGUGGCGGCAAACUCGAUUCUUUAGUUUUAGAACAGAGUGAACAAGGUUAGGUGUUUGUUCCAUGAGUUUAUUUAAAAAAAGAUUCUGCUGGAAUUGAACUUGUAGGUGAUCCAAUUUUCUAAAUGUAGAAAUCUGACCAAAUUUUUAUCACUACAGAUUUCAUACCGUUAUUGUCAAUUGGCUUUUCUAUUGUUUUUGACUUAUUGAUGAUGCAAUUGUUUGGUUUUAUUUGAUACAUAAUGAUAUUGCAUACCGCCUUAGCUGACUGGAUGAGCUUACAAGGGACUUGUGGGGCAUGUAGCGAACAGCAAACAAGCCCACUCAGCAGGACUGCUAGUGUGUUCACUGGACAAAUGGGGUCAAACGCUUCUAAUUAGGCUUUGGGAAGUGAUUUUUGUUUUAAGUGUGGCUGUCUAAACUGUCCAGUAUUUCUAAAAUAGAAAGAAAGUAACAUGGUAGAAACAGAAACUCUUCCAAAUUACUAAAAUGAAAAAGUUUUACAUGAUGAGGGCGUUGAAUAAAUUGUGUACAUAUGUGGUUUAUGAGGUUUGAUCAUCUGUCAUUUGCCAUUGUUUCAUUUCUCAGCGCCAAUGCUCUCACACAAUUAUUUGUGACUUGCCCAAUAACACACACACACACACACACACACACACACACACACACACACACACACACACACACACACACACACACACACACACACACCCCUGAUGGAUCCCCUGAGUGUGUGUGAAACUUUACUCAGUCACUUUGGGGAAAGUGGCAAGCCAAUCUAAAAUCGUAAAUGUGUGAAAUAUAUCUAGUUUGAUUUUUGAGCAAGUUCAUAGCAGUGAUUUUGCAUGGUGGUGAUGCAUAAUAAAGUGUUGACACAAUAUUC